CUAACAACCUCAAUUCGUGUCAUACAGUCAAUCAGUACACAUUCCAGUCACAACCAAUACUUGACAACUAUUCACACAUUUUUCUUUAACGGUUUAUCUUGUGAAACACAUUCCACAAACUAAAAAAACUAAUCAAGAUGGGUAAUAGACAAUCGAAUAGAACUCACAAUGAAAGCUCGCCAAGACAUGGUGCUAGCUCCAGUAGAAUGAAUAGCAGUAAGAAUAGAGUAAAGCAUUUGAGGGACCAAGAAGUAAAAGAUGCUAACAUUCAUGAACGUAGUUUCUCCUCAUCAAUGUCAGACUCGUUAGAUUUCACUCACAUGUUUUCUAUGGGUCAAAAUGAUAAAGGUCAAUUAGGUAGAGGAAUAAUAAGUAAGGAUGAUAUUGAUAGCUAUCCUAUGGGCCCAGUAACGGAAGUCGAACAGAAGAACACUGCUGAUUUAGAUGAAGAUGAACAAGCAGAAAUUGCAUCUCGUGUGCUGAAGGAUAUCAAAUUUGUUGCAACAGGCAGGUCUCACAUAAUCAUGGUAACACACUCCAACAAGUUAUAUGGAAUGGGUUUUAACAAUUAUUCACAACUUGGUUUCCCAGAAACUGAAGAAAAUAUUCCAAGAUUAAGAGAAAUUCAACUUCCAGAAGAUGUCAAGACCAUUGAUGGACUUGCUGCUGGUUGGUUCCACUCUGUUGUUGUUUGUGAUGGUAAUAAGGUAUUCUGUGCAGGACAUUCAUUCUUUGAACAAACAUUUGAUGUUGCAAUGGACAAGGGCUUUAAAAGAUCUGUCAAGAUGGAAUUCCUACAAAGAGAUAAUUCCAAGAUUACUGUUGUGAGUGCAUCCACAUUCUCCAGUUCACUUGUUGUUGAUAAUUGGAAGAUUUUUGCUUGUGGUGAAAUGAAUGCCAAUUCCAAUCCAGCCAAUUACCUCGUUCCAGGAUGUGAAAUUUUCAAACGUGAUGAAGUUAUCAAAAAGUUUAAACAUGCUGAUAAGGGACUUGUUGUGUUAGCAGAAAGUGGUAAUGUCUAUUUUGCAACAAAGGAAAGACCAUUCCACAUCCUCAUGGACUCUGUUCAUUCCAUCACACCUUCCCACAUGUAUGAAACAACCUACGCAAUGAAAGACAAAUCAACAAUUUUGAGUGAGUGUGAUUUGUCUCCUCUGACUGUUCGUGCACAAGUCAAUGUGCAAGCCUUUGUUGAAAAGUAUGGAAUGGAGAAUAUUCAACUCUAUUGUGGCUACUCCUUCUACUAUUUGGUUGUUAAUAAGAGAAGAGUUUAUACCAUCAAUGGUUCCGAAUUGAAUGAAAUUUUGAAUUUGGAUGGAGUGACCACUACUGUAAAUAUCAAGGAAGUUGUAGCUACAUCCGAUUGUUCAUACUUUAUCUUUGAAAAGUGUUUGUUUACAGCCUCCGAAUUGUUGAUGAAGUCGAGAUUACUUUCCUGCGAAAUGUAUAAGGACGUUUCUAUUAUUGCCUCUGAUGAGGAUUAUUAUUAUUCACGUGGAAGUAUCAUUUCCAAUGAAGAAUCAGCUUGUAUAUAGUAUUAAUAAAUUAUUGAUUUAAAUUACGUGAU